GUGUCCUCGCUGCAGUCUCGUUGAGGAGAUGACCGUGGGGAGGUCUGCUGCAGCCCGCGAAUGCGGAGAACGAGGCAGCCAGGCAUUCCACCCCGAAGCAUCCUCGGACACAGAGACAGAGGAAGAACCAUGUGAGAAUGGAAUUGUCUUGCACAGGGCAGGAAAACUGGAGGAUUUCCUCCAUGAAGAGACUGAGACAGACUUGACUACCUUCGACUCAGAUGAAUAUUUUUAUGAGAUUUUUCAGGCACAGAAGAAAAAAAACAGACGCUGUUCACUGAGAAGAAACUCAGCGUGUCAGGCAAAACUGGACGAUGAAUCCUCUGUAGGAGACACAAAACUGGAGUGUCUCUUCCAAGACAGCAACAGGCAGAGACCACAGGCCAAAUUUCAUCACUCUGUUAUAUCUGACAGCCUGAAGCGGUCCAAGUCCUUGAGUGACCUUACACAAGAAAACUUUUAUGGUCAAGCAAGUUCCUCAGCUUCUGGCCACUGCCCACCACAUAGGAGAACCCUGGCCUGGGUCCCCUUUGUCACCACCCCCGAGCCCUUUCACAUGACAGUGCGGGAGGCACAUAAGAAGUCCCGGUGUCUGCCAUCCUGUGCCUCAUUUGAACUAAGAAGACAGCAAGCAGAGAAGCAGGAGCAGGAGGACGCCGAGUGCCAGAAGAAGUUCCAGGCCCAACCAGUGCCCGCUCACGUCCAUCUGCCCCUCUAUCAGGAGAUCAUGGAACGGAAUGAGGCCCGUAGACGAGCAGGAAUCCAGAAGAGGAAAGAACUGCUCCUGUCUUUGCUUAAACCCUUCAGCUUCCUGGAGAAGGAAGAGCAAAAAAAAGAAGCCAUUCGACAGAAAGCCUCAGCAGCAAUGACUCAAGCAAAGACUUCAAAGCAAAAAGUCACCAAGACGAUCCCCAAGUCAGUCUUGGAGCCAGCCUUGGGUGACAAGCUCAAAGAAGCUGAACUGUGCAGGAAGCUCCGCAUACAGAAAAGGGCCACAGAUCUCCUGCAGACAGCCUCAUCCCCCAUCACUUCUAAUAGAUACACUGAUCCCAAGUCUCGAAUAUCCACUCGGACGCGGCAAGAAAAACUCAGUUUCCUGCAGAGAGACUUUGAUUUCCAACCAAGGGUGAAUCCCAGUGUCCCUGACUUUAAGGGUCUUUACAGGGCCUUCCAAAAAGAAGCUGCUCAAAAAAGGGAAACCCGAGAGGCAACACGAAACAAACCAUUCCAACUGAGAACUGCCAAUCUCCACCACCAACAGAGGCCCAGCAAGGAAUCAACAGAACCCAAGAAUCCUCCACAGUCGCCCAUGGCUCCAUUGCAAAGGAGCCGUUCUCUAAGUGGUCUUGCUUCCCUCUCUCCUAACACCCUUCCAGUACACAUCACAGAUGCCACCAGGAAAAGGGAAUCUGCUGUCAGAUGCUCUCUUGAAGAAAAGAAAGAUAAAGAGAAUGAGAGUGCCCGCUGGUUGGAGCAACAUAGGAAGAAAUGUCAAGCUAUGUACAAAUCUGUGACCUCACGAGCAAAAGCCAUGGAUCCCCAUAAAAGCUUAAAGGAGACAUACAAAGCAAAGCUGAAAGAGAAUUGGCUCAAUGACCAAAAGAGAACAAAGGAGUAUAAGAAAGAACUGGAGGAAAUGAAGAGGAGAGUCCAGAAUAGACCCUAUCUCUUUGAACAAGUGACGCAGAUCCGUGCCAGGAAAGAGGCAGAGCGCAGAUACAGAGACGUACUACGGAAGGUGGGUUUAGAUGAGGACUUUGUGAGGAACAAAGGACAACAUGCCAUUGACUUGGGAUGGAGUGAAGAAGACAAGGAAGGAAGUGAUUCCCCCAGCCACCCUGAAAGCAAGGAACUGUUCAGUAGUAGUUCACAGCAAGAUUCAGAAGAAUCCCCGGAAGAAAUGAAAUGUACUCCCUCAGAGGAAGAUUUUAUGGAGCUGCCCUUUGACUCACCAGAUACUUCCAAACGGCUUGCCUGAUUCUUCUCCCGCUAUUACUGCUUUCAGAAAAAAAACACUCAGCCACAAGAGUACAAGACCCUUGGGCUGGCGGAGGAAGUGAAGGAAUAUACAUCUGCUUUUUUCAGUGAGAACAAAGUUUGAGUCAAAGAAGCCAAGAGUAACAGCAAAUUUGUUCAAAAUGACUGAAUGCAGUGUAGUAAUCAUUAGAUUCUUCAUGCACAAAUGAGGUCAAAUUUGAGUUAUUGCAUGUCGAUAGCACUGUCAGUUGUUUCCAUGUGAUAUUUAAAUAUAAAUGUAUUUAAAUAUAAUGUAUAUGAAAUCGAAGUUUAAUAGCCUUUAUGUGGAAAUUGAAACAUACCCAUAAUAUUUUCUCACCAUUCAUUUUGGCAAGUAAGCUAGUUUCAAAAAACAAACACCCAAGCCUUUGUAACUUAAAAACAAAUUGAAAUAAUUCAAAUAUAGUUAUAAUCAUUUGAAAAUUUCAGUGUUUAAAUCUAUCAAUUUUUAUUGUAUUUAAUUUUUGAAGUUUAAAUAUCUCUUCAUGAAGAAUAAAAACAUAACCAAUUUGAAGGGAAAAUUCACUAGAGCAGCUGAAACUAGUAUGAAUAAAGAAAACAGAGACAAAUAGUCAGAAUACAGAAAAACAAAGUAAAAAGCUCAAAUUGAGAAAAUCUAAUCCACAGUCCUUAUCAUUGGGAUUCACAAGUACUGUUACUGAUAGAGAAGAGCACUGUUUGCUUUUUGCAUGAAUGUUUUAACUCCAAAGUGAAUGAAACCUAAUAAACUGAAAUUCUUAAAAAUGUAUAUACAAAGUAUAUUAGAGCAAGAUUAUUUUUCCAGAGAAAAAACUAGAUGCUUUGAAUAAGCAAAAACAAACUUUUUAAAAAGCCAAGUAAGUUUGCUUCCAGAUUUGGACAGUGUAAAAACACUUCCUUCAGUAGGAGAAAUAUUGGUACU